AUGGCCAUACAUAGAUGGGGGGUAGGGAGGGUAGGGCCAGCCGGCAUAAGGAGGAGGAUAGAGAGGAGGAUAGGGGGAGGGAGGGGUUUGAGGUGGGGGCGUGGGUGGAGGCGGAGUGGUGGGGAUGGAGGGCGUGGGGGUGGUGGUGGGUGUGGGGAGAAGGUGUUGGACUUGCUGGAGGACGUGAGGGAAGAGGUGCUGAGCGAGGACAUUAUGGAGGAUGGGGGCUUGAGGGGCGGGUUCGGUCGGGAGUGGUGGGGCGUCAGAGGGGGAGGAGCCUGGGAGCGGGGGCGGGGUGGGAGGGAGGCCGUGAGGCGUUUCGAGGACGACGUCAAGGAGGCAAUAAUCUCCCACUCGAACGGAGCCAAGGUACGUGAAGAGGCUCUCUUCAAACGACACCCAAUUGACUGCGGUGGUGUCGUUGAGGAGCUCGACAAGAAUCUGCAGCUGCUGCGGCAGCGGCUGUACUAUGUGACAUGGAAGGCCGAUGGCACGCGCUACAUGAUGCUCAUCUGCCCUGACGGCUGCUACCUCAUCGACAGGUGUGCUUGCGUCAUCGGCAGAAACUUCCGGUUUCGGCGAGUGCAAAUGAGGUUUCCCGCGCGCAAGCACCUGCAGCACAAGCCGGUGGACGACUGGGACGUGCACCGCACCACACUGCUGGACGGCGAGAUGGUGGUGGAUGAGCUGCCCGGCACUGACGUGCAGGAGCGGCGCUACCUCAUCUAUGAUCUCAUGAUGCUUGACAGCGUGCCGCUGGGAGAUAGACCAUUCGCGGAGCGGUUUGAGCUGAUAGAGAGGGAGGUGGUGGCGCCGCGCAAGAUGGAUGCAGCCAUGAACCCCCUUUAUGACUACAGCCUGGAGGACUUCAAGGUGCGGCGCAAGGGCUUUUACAUGGUGCGGCGCAAGGACUUCUACAUGCUCAGCACGGUGCGGCGCAAGGACUUCUACAUGCUGAGCACAGUGGGCAAGCUGCUGCACGACUUCAUCCCCAAGCUCAGCCACGAGUCCGAUGGACUCAUCCUGCAGCACCUCCUCUUCAUCUUCCCCACUCCUCUCCCCCCGUCGUACCCCGUGCGUGCUGCGGUGCAGAAAUCACCGGAGGGCAAGUGGGUGCUGCUGCUGUCCGACAGGAAGACGCUGCGAGCGCUACCAGCAGCCAAGUUCACCCACCCUGGUCGGAAGACGCUGCGAGCGCGAUCAGCAGCCAAGUUCACCCGCCCUGGUCGGUGCCUCGUGCUUUCCUUGGCUCUCCUGCUCUCCUCCUUCCCUCCUGCUCUCCUGCUCUGGCCCCACACCAGUGUAAAAGACCAUUCUGACUAUGCCAUAACCAUGUCUCUUUGUCCAAUCCACACCUCCGCUGCUCGACACGAUGAGGAGGAGGCGAAGGAGCUGGAGGGGAAGAUAGUGGAGUGCUGCUGGAAGAAGGACGAGGCCGAGUGGGAGUUCAUGCGCGUGCGCACUGACAAGGAGCACCCCAACGCAUGGCACACGUACCUCAAGGUGAUGGAGAGCAUCCGAGACAACAUCACGGAGGAGGUGCUGCUGAAGGAGGUGCAGCACAUCCGCAGCCUGCCCGUCCAGCUCCUUCACCCUAGCCCCUCCAUUCCCCUCCUACUCCACCCGCUCCCCUCCCUUUUCUCCUCUUCCGUCUCCGCUCUCCACUCUUCCCAUUCUCUCUUUCCCCAUCAGGAGGCUUACGUCAUCACGAAGCUAGACUCUGCAGAGCGAACCUUCAAAGAACUUUCUAUUCGACUGGCAGAUCCCGAGGUGGCGUCCAACGCGACAGAGUACAUGCGCAUUGCCAAGUCCGCCGGGGAGAUCGAGGAGGUGGCGAGUGCCUAUGCGGAGUGGAAGGACAAGCAGCAGCAACUGGCUGACGCAAAAGGUGACUAUUGCAAUGCCUGGCAAUGCUUGCACCCCUUGCACCCCGUUGCACCCUUUGCUUGCAUUGCACCCACCCCUUGCACCAACUCUUCCCACUCCUCCCCAUUCCUUCCCGCUCCUUGCAUCAGCCCUAAUGAAGGACAGCGCAUCGGACCCAGUUAUGGCGGAGAUGGCGGGGGAGGAGGUGGGCGAGCUGGAGAUCUAAACAGCUUACCCACUCCCCACUCAUUUCCACUCCUUCCCAUUGCCUCCCACUUCUCCUUACCACUCCUUGCACCAGCCUUGAUGAAGGACAGUGCAUCGGACCCGGAGAUGGCGGAGAUGGCCGGGGAGGAGGUGGGGGAGCUGGAGGCGCAGCUAGAGGAGCUGGAGGGGCGCCUCAAGGUGCUGCUGCUGCCCACCGACCCGCUUGAUGCAAGGAACAUCAUGCUGGAAGUGCGGGCGGGCACGGGAGGGGAUGAGGCGGGCAUCUGGGCAGGCGACCUGGUGAAGAUGUACGGUCGCUACGCGGACAAGAACGGGUGGCGAGUGUCUCCUGUUUCCUGCACUGAG